UAUUUUAUUUCCGCCUGUCACGAGUUGUAAUAAUGUUAGACAAGACUGUGUAUUAGAAAUACAGAACAACUGUGAACAAAGAAGCAGAAAUGAAUGAAGUAACCUAACAGAAUAAAAAACCAAACAUGGCAGAAGAAACUAAAUAUUCAACUCCAGUUGGGCUGGUGUAUAUUUUCAACCUAAUUGUGGGUACAGGGGCACUGACCAUGCCACUGGCAUUUCAGGCAGCAGGUUGGUUGGUGAGCCUCAUCAUUGUGAUCCUGCUGGCAUUCGCAAGCUUUGUGAAUGUGACGUUUGUGACAGAGUCUAUGGCUGCAGCAAAUGCUGUCCUCGCACAGGACGAAGCUGCAUCUGCUACUGUGGAUGAUGAGCAAACUAUUCAAAAACAUCACAGAAAUGAAAAUAUUAUUGAACAUAAAGAUGAAGUUGAUGAGAAAGCUCCACUGUUACCACAACAACCAGGUUGUGUCUCAACUUUCGAAAUAAAAAAGCAAGUGGAAAUGGGUCAGAUGGCUAAAUUAUUUUUCAACCCCGUUGGAGAGAAGCUGUUUUACCUGUGUAUUGCCAUUUACCUGUAUGGAGACCUGUCUAUAUAUGCUGCAGCCGUCCCAAAGUCUCUACGAGAUACUGUCUGUACAUGGCGUCCAAAUUUAUCCAACCUGACAUUCUGCAAUGGCACUUUUGCCGACACUGACCCCUGUUGGAGAUCAAUUUCCCUCUCUAGGAUGGAUGUUUACAGGAUAUUUGUGGCUUGUUUUCUGCUAACCGUGGGGCCAUUUGCAUUCUUCAACAUACAGAAGACAAAAUACCUCCAGAUCACCACAACACUGGCCAGAUGGCUGGCAUUUGGGAUCAUGAUCAUCCUGGCCAUCAACAAACUGGCCCACCACAAAGGUCAAGGUCGACCAGUGAUUGCCGACAUAUCUGGCGUGCCCAACCUGUUUGGUGUGUGCGUGUAUUCGUUCAUGUGUCACCACUCCCUGCCGUCCCUGAUCACACCGAUCCGAGACAAAUCCAGCUUGUACCGAGUCCUCGCCAUGGACUACCUGCUCAUCCUGGGCUUCUACGCUCUGCUUUCCUUCACGGGAAUCUUCACAUUCGCAACCAUACAGGACAUAUACACUCUCAAUUUCCUACCCGACGACUGUGGCGUAAACAGCGUAACUGACGUGGCCUUUUUUGAGUACUUCCUCGCGCUGUUCCCGGUGUUUACGUUGAGUACAAACUUUCCGAUCAUCUCCAUAACGUUAAGGAACAACAUCACAACUCUGUUCUCGAAGGAAGACUCGCCUCGACAUUGGGUGUUAACCAGACUUGUGUUUCCGCUAGUGGCAAUUCUCCCACCGAUAGCUAUUGCCUUUGGGACGAAUGAAGUAGAGUUUCUAGUAGGCAUCACAGGGUCCUAUGCUGGUGUAGGAAUACAAUAUGUGAUUCCAACGCUUCUUGUGUACUAUGCUAGGAAGAAUGAAAAUAUAGAUCAUAGUAGGAAUCGGAUGAAGUCGCCAUUCCUUCAUGGCUUUUGGAUUAUACUCAUAAUCUUAUGGUCAGUGUUCUGUUUAGGGUUCGUAACUGUAAACCACAUUGUUACUCGCAAGUGAUCCAGACAGCAUAACUGUGAUGUGUGACUAAAUAUUUCUGGAAAUUCCAUAUUCAGAGAAAAAAAUUUUAUUUUUUUAUUUUUUAUAAAUAUUGUUAAAUUUCAAUCGCUGCUAGUUUCUCAGUCAAAACUUACAAAUUUGCUGAGAUUUUCUGCAGUGUUAUCUGUAUGACACAUUUUGGGCAUUCUGUGUAAAAAUCACUUUUAGGACCAACCCUCUCAGAUUUCUAUGAAAUUUGGUACACUACAGUAGUCUGAGAAAAAUAUCUCAACUAACGUUUGGGAGUUAACUUUUUUAAGUUUGGUGCAUGGAUUUUUUUUUUCUCUACCUCAGUUAGUACAAAGGUUGCAGCCUUUUGAAAAUGGAUGGUAACCUGAAUGAGGUCAAAGUUCAAUGACCUGUAUAUCAAAUUUUGGUUCUAAUGUUUUCUCACAUACUACUAUAGGGGUAACAAAUUUCAUUGAAAUCUGAGAGGGAGAGUCCUAAAAGUGAUUGAUUUGACAUGGAAUGCCCCAUUACCAAACAUAAUCAAGUCACUUUUCUGCUAAUAAAAAGAAAUUUCCACCAACAAUAAGUAGCAAAACAUGAUAGUUUUAUUAACAAAAUGUCCUUUUAUAUAAAACAUUUCCUAACA